UUCUAUUUUUAUAAUUUCAUUUUUAUAAAAUAAAAAAAAAACAAAUAAUAAAAAAUAAGAUUUUUAUUUUUUUUAAAAAAACAAAUCAUUUUUUUUUUUCAAUUAAUAAUUUUUUGGUUAUUAUAAUAAUUUGGGAUUUUUGUUGGUGAUUAAAUUAAUAUCUUCGGAAAAAAAAAUAAAAAAAAAUUCAAUUUAAAAAAAAAAAAGAAAAAAAUGAGCCCAACUAUAGAAAUUCAGUAUCAACAACAUCCACAAACAGAGCAUUACAAACAAUAUCAAAAUCAAAAUCAAAAUCAAAAUCAACAAAUUUAUAUCCACAAUUCGAACUAUAUUAAAAAUAAUUUAAAUAAUAUAAAUAAUUUAAAAUAUUUAAAUCAUUUAAACAUAAAAGAAAAAAAUAACAAAAAUAAUAAUUGUUUCAAUAAUAAUUAUAAUUUUAAAUCACAGAGAUAUUUAUUAUUAAAUAAUAGUAUAAUAAAUUAUAAUAUAAAUAAAAACUCUUACAAUAUUAAAUUAUUUGCAAUGGAUGAUAGAUCGACUGAAAUAUACAAUGAGGAUAUAGAAAUGAAAAAUGUUCUUUUGGAAAUCAACGACAUUCUAUUAAAUGAAAGUAAUAAUGUAAUUAUUUCAUCCGAGAAAUCUAUAGGCAAAACAACAUGUAUAAAGAACUACUCAAUGCUCUACAAUAACCAGUACGACAUCAUUUCAAUGAUACACGAUGAAACUAUAGAAAAAGAUUUAUGUACUUUGGGGAAUUACAUUCAAUCCAAUAAUCCAAAUUUGAAAUUGUUCGAUUACUUUUCAAAUAUAAACAACUUCCCAAUUUUAGAUCACGAUCAACUAUACACCUAUUUGAGAGAUACUCCAAAGAAAUGGUUAAUUUUAUACGACAAUGCAAAUAGCUCCAACUUUACUACAUUUCAAAAAUAUAUACCCCUGUUAACCGACAACCAAGCCGAUUCAUCACUCAAACAUCAUAUAAUUAUUACAAGUAAAGAUUUGGAUUUAGAAAAAAAGUUUGAAGAGUUUCAUGGUGAAAUUUUAAUGAAAUAUGAUUUAAUACCAUAUUAUGAAAGAGAACAAUUACAAAAACAAAAAGAACUGGUUCCAGAAACUGAAAGAGUAGAUUAUUUUUAUAACAAGAAUGAACUAUUAAAAAAAGGAACAAUACCAGAAGAUACAACGCAUCUUGUACUUGGUAUGGAUUAUAAUUUACCUAUAUCCGAAAAUACCAUCCCAAAAUCAGUUAAAGAAUUGACCUUUGGUUGGAGUUAUAAUAUACCUUUUGAUGGUUUAUCCAUUCUACCCAAUACAAUUGUCCAUUUAAAUCUAGGUUAUUCGUUUGAUCAAGAAAUUUCACCCGGGACACUCCCAAACUCCAUUACCAAGCUUGUCUUUGGGGAUAGUUUUAAUCAAAAAUUGGUACUAGGCUCAAUACCUCCACAUACAAAAACAUUAAUUUUCGGUAAAAACUUUAAUCAAAUUAUAGAGCCCGGUGUUAUACCAUCAUCUGUAAAAGAAAUAUGCUUUGGUUGGUGCUUUAAUCAAGUGAUAAGUAAAGGUGCAAUUCCAUAUGGAUGUGUUCAGUUAAAGUUGGGUUAUGAUUACAAUCAAUCAAUUGAUAUAGAAGUACUACCAAAAACCCUUCGCCAUUUAGAGUUCUCAUUUUCAUUCAACAAACCCAUCCCUGAAAAUAGUAUUCCAUUUGGUGUAGAAACAUUGGUAUUUGGAUCGUCGUUCAAUCAAGCAAUAAAUGAUGGUAGUGUUCCAAGCUCAGUUAAGAGUCUUUCUUUUUCUGAUGAUUUUAAUCAAUCAAUAUCAAAAAUAAACAUACCAAUGUCCGUUACAAAAUUAGCAGUAGGUAAAAACUUUAAUCAGUUAUUUAACAAUUUAUCACCAUCCAUUACACACUUUACAUGGAAUAGUGAACAUAAAUUUAGAGAAGAGCUGCUACCUAUGACUAUAACCCAUUUGGUCUUUGGUGACCAUUUUAACAAACCUAUUAAAGGUCAUUUACCAAAUGGUAUUGUAAGUGUGGAAUUUGGUAUUCCUUUCAAUCAAGUAAUCCCAAAGUCUUUUUUCCCACAAUCAUUAAAACAUCUUUGCUUGGGAAACAGAUUUAACAAAGCAAUUCCUGCAGGUGUUUUACCAUCAUCCAUCACAUCAUUAAAACUUUCAACUGAUUUUAACCAACCAUUAACACAAGGAGCCAUUCCAUCCUCAGUACGAUAUCUCGAUAUGGGUAAUUCUUUUAACAAACCAAUAACUUUAAAAACAAAUUUAAUUUUAUCAUUCUUCAAAUUACUAAACAGUAAAUCAUUAAAUAAUUUAAAAGAAUUAACAAACUUUAAUAAUAAUAAUAAUAACAUUAAUAAUAAUAAAACUAAAGAUGAUAAUGAUCUACAGCCAUCAGAAAGUCAAAAUAACUCAAUUUCAUUAACACAAUCAACACCAAAUGCAAACCUAUCAUUAUCAACAAACAAUUAUGAUAUUGAUGAAGAUGAAGAUGAAACAAAUAAUAAUGUAAAUAAUAGAAACAAACAAAGCAGUGAAAUAGCCCCCAAAAAUCAACAAAUUUCUUUUUUUCCAUCAUCAUGUGAUGUAAUUUCAUUAGGUUGGAAGUUCAAUCAACAUAUUGUUCAAGGAAGCCUCCCCAAUGGUAUUAAGGAACUGACAAUUGGUCCAUUUUUUCAACAUGUUAUACAAAAAGAUUCUUUACCCCCAUCUUUGACAAAAAUAAAUGUUUUAGGUGGGAAGAGAAGUCCACAUUUAUUUGAAAAUGUUUCAAAAAAUAUAAAAAUAAUUUAUAUUGAUUAAAUAAACAUUAUUUUAU